AUGUUCAAUAACUUAAAGCGAAAUAUGCGAAUAUUGAAUAAGGAUAUGGUGGAGACUUCUUGGCUCAAAUGUUUAAUUGAUGAUACUCCAAAGCAAAAGCACAUACUUGUACCUUAAAAGAAUUAUUAUAGAUUCUUUAAAAAUGUCUUGGAGGAGAAUUAAAUAAUGUAAACUCUCAAGAAGCUCUUAAGAAAAUUAUUUUAAGAAUGCAGCAUCCACAAAAAACAAUAACUGCGCUUAAAUCUUAUUAUUUAGUUCAUAUGCUAAGGCAAUAUUUAGCCCCUUAUGUAACAGAUAAAACAAUUGAACUGUAGUCUAAGAGUACGGCUGAUGCUGUACUGUAAAAUGUUGCAUUUCUCUAUUGUAGCUAUCUUAGAUGUUUCUCUAACAAUUAUGAAUAAAUAAACAUCUUGUAUAAAAUGCAUAGAUAACUUGAAGUUCUCAUUCUGAAGUUAGAUGUGCCAAUUAUCAAAUGCAUUACAAUCAAAUUAAUUAUAGAUAUUAUAUUCUUAUAUGAAUCUCUCAAUAAAUAAGAUGAAUAAGUAAAAAGGAUAAGAGCAACGAAAUAAGUUAAAAGAUUUUUAGAGAUAAAAUAAUUAAUUUAACUACCUGAAGAAUUACUCUAAAAAAUAAAAAUUCUUAAUUUUAAUGAAAUCGAAUAGAAAAUUGCAUUAUAAACACAACCUGUUAUAAAUAAUAACUAUGAGGAGAAUCAAAAUCGGGUUCCUUAAAAAGAAUUGCUGAUUCUAGAUAUACAAAGUAUAAAUCAAAGAAAACUCAGUACAAGUGCAAAUGAAUGGGAAGACUAAUCAGAUAUCAAAUCUUAAUAAUAGCAUAUUUAUAAAAGUUUAUAGCCAAGUCCUAAUCGUAGAAGAAUAGCUUCACAAACUCCGAAUAGAGCAACAUCCAUUAGAGAUAAUUUCUUUGUUCCAUCCCAAGGACCCCUAUCUUUUAUUAUGAUGUCAUGA